AUGCAUUCAUUUUCUCCAUCAAAGCACUUUAAAUCAUAGCUAUUUAAAGUAAAAGUUUUACUGUUCAAUACUUUUAUUCCACUAAUCAUCUUCUAGGAAAAAGAUUUAGACCAUUGAACCUGUGAAACUUGAACUACAGGAUCAGUGUCCUGCCCUUGUGACAUUCACUGCUCACACUUUCACUUUCAGUCUCCUGGUUAUAAUGUGUGUUUCUCAACAGCUACACAGCAGCAGGAAGAGGGCUGAGGAGAGAACCAAUCAGAGCAACGAAACUUCACAAAGACCUUAGAAAAACUUUAUACUUUAGAAAAACACUGACACUAUAUUUAGCAGCUUUAGUGAUAACACAUCAGCUUCAUCUGCUUCUGCCGUGACCCCUGACAGCAUGCCUGGUCCAGAACAAAAGGAUGGGGAAGAAGAGGUAAAGCCCCGGAGGAUCAUGCUUCUUGGGAAGAGUGGAGCAGGCAAGAGCUCGAGCGGGAACACGAUCCUCGGUAAACAGGCGUUUAAAUCAGACAUGAAGCUGACGAGAGUCACUCGACAUUGUGAAAAGGGUGAUGUGGAAGUUGAGGAAGUGCCUGUUACUGUGAUCGACACACCAGGGCUUUUUGAGAAAGAUGGUGACCAGAAGGAAAUAACUGGAAAGAUUCUGCAGUCUGUCAGAUUCCUUGAACCAGGACCUCACGCCUUCGUAUAUGUAGUCCCAUUAGGAAGGCUGACUCAGGAAGAUCAAAAUACCAUCUCUCUGAUCCAAACAAUGUUUGGCCCGAGAGUGUGGGACUACACCAUUGUGCUGUUCACCCACGGGGAUCGUCUGCAAGGAAAAACAAUAAAUGACAUCAUCACCGAGAGUGAUGACAACCUCCGCAACUUCAUACGUAAGUGUAGUGGCGGCUUCCAUGUCUUCAACAACAAAAACCCAGAGGACCUGGACCAGGUGACCGGCUUCAUGGCAAAGAUCCAGACCCUGGUCGCCCUGAAUGGAGGGAAACAUUACAACAAAAAGCUGUAUCCCACAAAAGAGAGGAACAUCAGGGAAAGACAGGAGAGAAUCCUGAAGGAGAAAGAAAAGGAAAUCACCAACACGGAGAAGCAGCUGGAGCAGCAUUACAAGGGGGAGGAGCUGGAGGAAAUGAGGAAGGAUCUGUGGAGAAAAGAGGAGGCAGCAGCAAGACUGGCUGCAGAGAAGCAGGGCAUAUACGUGGUCCUGUCACUGUUAGUGCUAGCAGUGGUUGUGCUGAUCACUGGUUUAGCUGUUUGUUCGGAAGCAGCUGUGGGGCUGAUUGUGGUAAUAAUCACUUGGAUUUUCUUUAAGGGUUUUCCAACAUUUUUCAGAAAAAUACCUAGCUUUCGAAGUAUACUGAAUAAGAUCUCUUAGCUUUCUUGUUCCUCUGUGAAUAAGGGGGGUUGGGUGAACAAUUGAGGAGGGGGGUGAGGUGGAGGGUUCAGGGUCACAUACUGUGUACAGGUCAGAACCAGUGGUAGAUGAUAGUUUGACAGUUAUCAGGGGAAACUGUAUCUGUCGGUUCUAGACCUCAUUUGACUUUUCUCUGACCUGAUGUAUAAUCUGAAAUCGAUCUGUUUUCCUGUUUGACUUGUUAUAAAUGAUUGAUCAAUGCUUUUAAUCUGCUGAUGAACGCUUUCAUUCUGUUUCCUCAUGCUCCAUUACAGCUGUUCGUUUGUCACAACAUAAUACGAGACAUCUAAUGUGAUAUUUCAUCUUUUCCUCUCAUUGUAUUCUAAUAGAUUAGAGAUUGAGCCAUGUGAUGCUUUACUCUUUCUUUUAUUACAGUUUAAAUUGGUUUGAAGUCUGGCCUCUAACUAAUUUAAUCUCCUUAUAAUUGAUUGCUCAUUUAUUAAUGGUUGACCACUGAUUACUCUAGACAAUAACUGAUCAACUGAUUGUUGAUUAGUCGGUAUUUUGACUUUCUCUCACAGUUUGACAAAUGUUUUGGCAUUUGUUCCACACAUAUAUUCAUGUUUCUGAUAUCCGUUGGAAAUAAAUGCUAAUUCUCUAA